AUGGCGCCACCUGUGUUUGAUGGAGAGAACUAUCAAGCAUGGGCAGUGAAGAUGGCUGCUUACAUGGAAGGGUGUGAUCUAUGGGAAGCAAAGGAGAAUGACUAUGAGGUGGCUCCACUUCCUGAGAACCCGACCAUGAAUCAGAUCAAAUACCACAAAGAGAGGACAACCGGGAAGGCCAAGUCUAAAUAUGAAGGACAUGAGAAAGUGAGAGGAAUGGAAGUGCUAAACUUCUUAAGAGAGUUUGAGAGGCAGCAAAUGGAUGAGACAAAAACUAUAAAGGAGUAUGCAGAUAGGCUGAUUGAUAUAGUCAACAAGACAAGGGCGCUUGGGACGGAUCUAAAGGGUGAAAGAAUUAUGCAAAAGAUAUCGAUUUCUCUCCCUGAGAAGUUUGAGGCUACUAUAGCUUCUCUCUAA